CACGGCAGCCCUCCCUGCUGCUCCCUUGCCCAUCUUUGCCCAGCGCAGCCCUGUGCCCAGCUACGGGGUUUGGCCACGGCCCUGCGCCCAUCCCGCCGUGUUGUGCCAGCUUCUAAACAGUUAACACCACCAGAACCAGACCGCAGCGGUUCCCUCGUCCGCAGAUCCCUCCAAAAAAGAAAAGAAACGAUCCUCUUAUUCUCUCCUCCACCCACCUGGGCCGCCUCCUGGCACCCAUCCCAUGCCCACGACCAGCGCGAGGCUCGGGGGGCUGUGGGCUCCCACCACGCUCGCCGCGGCUGCCAUGUUGAAUUGCAAAUCCGACAUGAGUCGACAUCUUUUUUUCUCCCCCUCCGUGGUGGAAGCACAAAAGCACCCGCGUGGGGGGACGGCGGUGAGCGGGGCGAGAGGAAAAAAGCACCUGGAGCGGUGCUGCGAGGUGGGACGCGAGGGCGCAUCCCUCCACAUGGAGCGAUUCGAGUCUCAGCACCGCGGGCUGCGGGGAAGGGGCUUUUGGGGAGAAGGCGGAUUGCAGCAACAACAAAGCGCCGGGCGGAACGAAACGGUAUUUCAAAUCAAAGGCAAAAAGCACCCCAACCAACCAACCAACCAACCAACCAAAAAAACCAAGAGCGAGGUUCGAUUCCGUACCGAGGCAGCGAGAGGGACGCACCGCCGGCAGAGUGGUUGUGUUGUGGAGCAGUGGCUGCUUUCAGCUCCGCUUAUCCGGACAGUCACCAGGGAAGGAUCCUUUUCCGAGAAAGGCCAGUUGGAGAAGAAAAAUGGGAAGAGAACAGCUCCAAGCCAGCAAGACAAUGCAUGGGGGACAGGAGAUUCGCACAGCUCUCGGGAUCCAUCUCUCCUGCCCCAUUUCGGAACCCCACGCCUCAUCCAUGCGGUGCUCCUGAACGAUUCCAGUCCGCAGUCCGGAGUCCCUCCGAGCUGCCAAGAGCAUCGCAACAGGAAAGAAAGAAAGAGCGAGAGGGAGAGCGAGGCAGAGUCCUCACAAUCGAGCAGCGAGAAGAGCAAGGAGAAAUUAACAUCCAAUUAGCGCCGUGUUUAACGAGGGAGACAGAGGCGGCUGUUGUUUUAUUGCCCUGUUCUUUUCAGGCACAUCUGACAGGCAGCAGGGAAGGCACCCCAGCUCGAAGUGACGUCAUCAUAUUUUAUUUUUUUAUAUAUCUUUUCUAUUUUUUCCUUUUCCCCCCGUCUUUCCUCCUUCCAAGUUGCAAGGCGAGGUCUCGGCAACGCGGCCAGGGCGACGCAGGGCUUCGAGCCGACGGCUCCGGCCUCCAUCCAUCCAUCCAUCCAUCCCCCCUCCCCAGCAGCGGCCCUGCAAAACAAACACCAACCCCGGCCCGAAGUCUUUGUUCUUCCAAACAAUUAAAAAGAAAAAAAAAAAAAAGAAGAAGGAAAAAAAUAAACAUUCAGGUCAAGCCGGAGGGAACCCGGAGGAGGUUCUGCGCUCAGCGUGUCCCUGCGUCCGUCUCGCUGCCGUUCCUCUCCCGAGCCGGCUCUCUCUCGGCUUGUAAAACUUUGCUGCAUGUGACGCUGCUCCCAACCUCCUUUGGCAGAGUGACAAGAACCGCGCUGCCGGGAUCGGAGAGCGCAGGCGGCUUUUAAGGAAGAAACUCAAUUCGCCCAGAUUAGAGAAUUAGGGAUGUUUUAAUCAAGGGACAGCGUGGGGCUGCCAGCGGGCGGCCGGGAGGGACGGCAGCGGGGUGAGCGGCCGUGAGGACGGCGAUGCCGUGGCCCCGUGUGGGGCUGUGCUGUGGGGAGAGGAGCUGCGCUGCGAACCGGGGAGACUUAAUGUCGUGGCCUCGGCUCUCUCCUCCCCCCGGGGCGGGGGGGCCAUGCGAGCAGGGUGGGAGGAAGGCCCGACGGGGUCUCGUCGCAGGGAGGAAGCAAGGCUGCGGGGCCCC